AUGGCGACGGAGUUGGCGAAGAAGUCGGGGGCGGUGCUUCCAAUGGACACCGAAAUCACAUCGACCCCGUCGUGGAUUGCGGCGUCGAAGCCGGCGAGCAUGUCGGCGUCGGAGCACCCGGUGAGUCCGCAGACCUUGUAG